ACGUUAACUUUAGUGUGCGCCGACCAGUUUCCGUAGACGGCCACAAAAACGGCACGCAGACGCGAUACGUCAAACCAACUACCAAAAUUAUAAAUUUAAAUACAAGCACACACACAAAAAAAAAAAAAAUUAAACCCAUUGAGAUUCCCAAAAGCGCAGCUUAUGUAAGGCUGCCUUUAAGUUCUUCCCAGUGCAGUGGCAAAGCGACGCCUAAACGGCGCUCAAAAGUGUAAACACAACAACAAACCCAACCAAGAAAAGGCAGCAGCUUCAGCUCCAUUGAAUUAAGCUCAAUUCGCAAUCUCCUCAACUCUCCGUUUUCGUAAUCGUGUUGGGCAAAACAAAAGCAAACAACAAAAAUAAAAAUAAAAAGCAAAAAAAAAAAAGUGAAUCUGCCUUUCAAGUAAUCUCCAUUUUAAUUUCUAUCUCGCUCGCACCCAACGGUCAGACAGUCUGCCAUUUUUUCCGUUGCUGUUGCUGCUGCUGCUGCUGCUGCUGCUCUGCUGCGUCGCCGCCGCGCUUUUUUAUUGUUUAUGUUUUUUCGUGUUCUGAGCCCGGAGAAGGUUAAGAAAUAAUAAAAGCAAUACAAUCAGAAUCACAAUUACAAUCGCAAUGAAAUGGAAUGAGUGAAAAAUAAAUUUCGUUAACAACAACAACUACUGAAAAAGUCGUCUGCCAAGCAAAUUUCACGCCGUAUUUAAUCUUAGCGCAGUGCCCGCCUGCAGUUUAAUCGCUGUUCGUCUUUCUUUCCGUUCGUGUUGUGGGUUCUGUGUUCUGGUUCUGUGUGUUCUGUGUUUUGCCCUGCUCUGUUCUGUUCUGUUCUGUACUGUACUGUUCAACAGUUAUCAGUAAUCAGUGCACAGCAAUCGGUGCGCGCUUGGCUCUCGUUAUCGUUAUCGUUAUCGUUAUCGUUGUUGCUAUCGUCGCAUCUCUUGGUCGGAGCCAGAGGAGAAGAGCACAGGGCGCAGGCGCAGACGUGUUGCAAUUUUCAAAACACAAUAACGGUAUAUUCGCUCGCUAAAGCUGUUCUACGUUCAUAAGAGUAUAACACAGUCAUCAAGUCCAUCGCAAACGAAUAUCAAUAUAUGCGUAUGAGAGUGCUGUACAUAUUUUAAAAUUUCAAAAGGGAUUUUCGUGUAAAGUUCGUCGGCCAUUUUUGGCCGCAUAGAAGUUAGAUAAAUUUCGGACUUAGCUUUAGUUUUUUAAGGUCAUUUACCAUAGACAACAGAAGAUGUUCUCAAUAUUUUGCUCCAUCACAGCGCUUGUAUUGGCCAGCACAAUAUGCCAGGCACUGCCAGAUCUGCACAAACAAAUGUCGCCAGAGCAACUGCUCUCAGUCUUCCAUGUGGACACACACGAUGCCGUGCCGCACUAUGAGCUCGUCCAGCUGUUCCAUCACACAUCGCACGGCGGCCUACAACGCAAGCGUCGCAGCAUCGGCGAACAACUGGCAGCCACUGUGCAGCAAAAGCCGCAUCAUGUCAAAAAGGAUCUGAGCAAGAAUGCCUACUACAGCGAGCUCAAGCAGCAAGCGGGCGCGUCUGGAGCUGGAGCUGGCAGCGCUAAUCAGCUGCUUGGCGGCGAUAUCAGCUCCAUCAAGUCGCACAACGUUUCCUUCAGCGCCUUCGGGCGGCACAUGAAUCUCACGCUGCGCGCCACACAGGGUCUUUUCAAGGGUGCGCCCCAUGAGUUGCGCAUGUGGUCGGUGGGCAGCGAGCCAAAUGCUACGCAUGGCCUGGACUUGCAAGAGAUUCUCGAUGAGCAGCAUGGCAAGCAUGAGAUUGGCGAGGUUUUCCAGGAUGAGCAAAAUAUGGCAGCGAUUCUGAUGCGUCGCCACAUGGAAACCGGCGACCUGAUAAUGGAGGGCAGCAUUGGUCACGAUCUGGUCAUUAAACCUUUGCCACAUGAGCUAAGUCCCAACAAGGAGCAGGCCCAUCACAUUGUCUACAAACGUGCGGCAUCGGGCACUGAUGAUCAACUAAGUGAUUUCGCCUUCAUGGAGCCAGACGAUCUGUUGGCCAGUGAAAAACUUGAACGUCUGCAGCGCCGUCAGCGUCGAAGCCGCCGCAGCAGCGGUAAUAGCCCCGACUUUGAGGAUCUCAAUGACGAGGACGAGGGCAGCCUGGACACAGAGGCAGACCCGGCUGAACCGCAUACGUCUGAGUCGCGCUUGCGCUCCAGACGCCAGGCCCCGUACGUCAUCUAUCCCGAGGUCUUGGUGAUUGUCGACUACGAUGGCUAUCGUCUCCAUGGCGGAGACAACCUGCAGGUUAAACGUUACUUCAUCUCAUUCUGGAAUGGUGUCGAUUUGCGCUAUCGCCUACUGAAGGGACCCAGAAUACGCAUCAGCAUUGCUGGCAUUAUUAUCUCACGCGGUCGCGAUGCCACGCCCUAUUUGGAACGUAAUCGUGUGGGCCGCGAUGCAAUUGACUCCGCCGCCGCCCUAACGGACAUGGGCAAGUAUCUGUUCCGGGAACGUCGCCUGCCCGUCUACGACAUCGCCGUUGCCAUCACCAAACUUGAUAUGUGCCGUCGCACCUCCGCAUUUGGUGAAUGUAAUCGCGGUACCGCAGGCUUUGCCUAUGUUGGGGGCGCCUGCGUGGUUAACAAGCGGCUGGAGAAGGUGAACAGCGUGGCCAUCAUCGAGGACACCGGCGGCUUCAGCGGCAUCAUUGUGGCUGCCCACGAGGUGGGACACUUAUUGGGAGCCGUGCACGACGGCUCGCCACCGCCCAGCUAUCUGGGCGGACCGGGUGCUCAGCGCUGCCGCUGGGAGGAUGGCUACAUAAUGUCCGACUUGCGUCAUACGGAGCGCGGCUUCCGCUGGUCCGCCUGCACCGUGCAGAGCUUCCACCAUUUCCUCAAUGGGGAUACUGCCACCUGCCUGCACAAUGCACCGCACGAGGACAGCGCCUUGGGUAGAUCUCUGCCGGGCACACUACUCUCCCUGGAUGCGCAAUGCCGGCGAGAUCGCGGCACCUACGCCUGCUUCAAGGACGAGCGUGUCUGUGCUCAGCUCUUCUGCUUUGAUGCACAGACGGGCUAUUGUGUUGCCUACAGGCCAGCCGCGGAGGGUUCAGCAUGUGGUAAUGGUUACCACUGUCUGGAUGGUCGUUGCACCCCACUGCCCUCCAACAUAAUACCAGACUAUGGAAACAAUUACCGUUUAGUAUACAAUAAAAUCAGCCAGACAAACGAUGCGAACAGCCAAUCGGCAGAAGACGUUGAAAAAAGUAGUGAGGAAAUCGAAUCCCAAGAAGAUGAGAGCCCAAGCGAUAAUGAAGAGCAAGAUGACCAGGCCGAGGGCAUCGGCAGUAGUGAGGAGCAGGAGGACAAUAAUAUACAGCAAAGCUCUGCCGCUGCUGCAGCUGCUGCGGCUGCCGUUGGCAAUUUGACAGCGACAAAAGCAACAACAACAACAACAACAACAACAACAACUGCAAGAACAUUGACAAGGACUAUAGAGACUGGGCGCAACAAAUCGUUUGAGUAUUUGCGCCGACUGUACACCACUGAGAGCCCUGAAAACUUUGCAUUGCUCAAUGCGGAAGCUCAUUGGCUACAAAAUGGUGGAGUUAUGGUCAAAACCCACACCAGCAGAAGCUUCAGCAGCAGCAGCAGCAGCAGCAGCAGCAGCAGCAGUGCUGCACACACAUCAACAACAACAACAACAACAACACCAAGAACAACAAAACUCUCAACAACAACACAAACACCGAAUCUAUUUCAAAUUUAUACAAAUGAACUACGUAAACAUAUCGCAUACUAUUUACACUUGAGACAAACACAACAACAGCAACAACAACAAGUAAAAACGACACAUAAGCAACAAGAACCACAACAACAAUCGUCCAAUGAACAUUUCUCAAUUCCCUUGGUACAAAAACAAAUUACAAAUUAUAGUGCCACCACCAACAGCAACAACAAUGGCAACGGCAACAACAACCACAGCAACAGCAACAGCAACAGCAACAGUAACGGCAACAACAGCGAGGAAGGCAACAAGCGACAACAACUGGUUGAUGAUGAAAAUGAUGACAAUGUCGGCAUUGAGAUCAAUGAAGCGAUUGAGCGGCAAAAACGUAAGUUUCACAUACAACAACAGCAACCACGACACUUGACAACACUGCAACAGCAACAACAAGAACCACAACAACAAAAACAACAAUUGGCAACACCAACAACAACGACAAGCACAGCAUCAGACGCAACAACAGCUGCCAAAGCAACGCCAACGCCAACAACAAGCACCACAAAAUCGAAAACAACAUCAUCGAUAAUCGAUGCAUACUUUAAGAAAUUCCAAGCACUGCAUUUACCAACACUGGAUGGUGCAGUGACAGCCACCACCACAUCGGUGUCUACAUCCGUAAGCUCAUCGGCAACAAAAGCGGGCAGCACACAACAACAGCAACAACAGCAACAACAGCAACAAAGACAACAGCAACAGCAACAACAAAACUUUGAUGGCAGCCCAUUUCUAAAACGUACGCUAAAUCGCAGUAGUAUUAUAACAUACAAAAAUAGUAGUAAUAAAAUUAGUAGCAAUAGUCAUAACUAUAGUCAGCAACAGCUGCAACAACAUCAACAACAACAACAAUUGACAUCGCCCGCAUAUGCGACAAAUUACAUUGGCGACAAUACAAAUAAUUUGCCAACGGUGUUGGACAAUGAACCAAGUACAACAACAACAACAACAUCAACAACAACAGCCAUACAAGAACAACAACAACAACAACAGCCCCAACAACAGUCAUCAAAUGGCACCAACAAAAAACCCAAAAUCAAAACACAAAAACUGAUACGCCGCACACGAGUCAUGUAGAUCGCAGAUCGGAAAAAAGGCCUCAAAACAGGAGCAUCAAAAUUGGCGGCAACACUGUCAAAUCAACUACUAAACAAAUGUCCAACACUGCCAACGAACCAGUCGUAACUGUAACGCCUCUGCAUACCUCUGAUACACGCACACACACACACACAGACACACAACACACACACACGAUACAAAAAUUGUCCUCUCGACGGUCUCUCAAAAUCGAUUCGUUUGUUUUGCUACUUCGUGCGUGGUUAACUGGAAGCUGUUUCCGUUUUAGAGCACUGCCACCUCUGGAAGAACGUUUGGAAUUGGCACAUGUCGGUUUGGUUAUUGCCAUUGAAAUUUUAACAAAUACUUGUUUUGCAGUUUGCAGCAAAUCGUGUUUUUAGAUAGAAUUUUUUAUUUUUUAUUAAUACUUAUUAUAAUUACUAUUGAUUUGUUUUUAGUUUUAGCUGCAACUAAUUUAAAAUAAUUCUUGUUAAAAAUCAACGCACCCAACUAA